UGUGUGUGUGUGUGUGUGGGGGGGGAAUGAAAAGGGUGGCUUUACCUUGAAAUUUUGCUAUUUCCUAGUUAUGGAAGCAGUCAACCUUGCAGAAAUCAAUUGGAAAGUUCAUAUACAAAAGGGUCAAUUUGUGUAUUGGUAGAAUCAUGGAAUGAAAAGGAUGGCUUUACUUUGAAAUUUUGUCACUAUUUGCUAGAUAUGGAAGCAAUCAACUUUGCAGGAAUUUGGAUAGAGUUUAUACAUUAAAUUUUAUAGUUUUACAUGAAAAAGAAUGAGCUUGAUGAAUUCAAUUUGUGUGUGUGUGUGUGAGAGAGAGAGAGUCUCAGUGUAGUGAUGGUAUUGGUAGGAUCAUGGAAUGAAAAGGAUGACUUUACCUUGAAAUUUUGUUAUUUGGUAGCUAUGGAAGAAAUCAGCUUUGCAGGAUUGUGUCUUGUGUUAUUAACCUUUUACAGCACAUGCUGCUGCUGCUGAAACUAAUCAGCCGGAAUGGUGGGAAAAGAAUGCUGGCCCGAAUAUGAUUGACAUUAAAUCAACACAGGAAUUUGUAGACGCGCUGAGUCAGGCUGGAGAUAGAUUGGUCAUAGUUGAAUUCUUUGGUGCGUGGUGUGCUUCUUGUCGAGCUCUAUUUCCCAAAAUCUGCAGGUUUGCCGAGCAACACCCAGAAAUCAUUUUCCUAAAGGUGAACUUUGAUGAGAACAAGCCCUUAUGCAAAAGCCUAAACAUAAAGGUUCUUCCGUAUUUCCACUUCUACAAGGGAGCUGAUGGCUUGGUCGACUCGUUCUCAUGCUCCCUUGCCAAGCUCCAGAAACUGAAGGAUGCCAUCGCGACUCAUAACAAAGCUCGACAUAGCAAUAGCACCCCGGAUUCUAAUGGUGGCGUUGGUGAUAGCGUGGAUGUAUCUGCAUCUCGCGAUGACAUGCAAUCGUGACCCGAAUUCGAGUUUAUAGCUUUCUAAUUUUUCCAAUCUGUGCAAGUUUGUACAUAGCUCUUUGUAAAAGUAACUGAAUAUAUGCUUUGGUCAUCCAAAUUUCCAGUCUCUUUGGCUAUAAUCUGAUUGCUUCUUGUUUUCCUUAGUAAAUGACUUAAUAUAGACCUCAUUAUUUUCA